ACCAAUUCUGUGUACGUUAUAAAUGGGACGUUAUUUUAUUAUUUUCAUCACGAGCCGGUGUGUGCGGCUCGGGAGAAAAUGACACGAUUCUAGAGCGUGUGGAAUUGGACGUGCGAGAGGCUCGUGACAGUGGCUGGCGGCGAGGACGAGCAGCAGGUCGCUGUGUGACGGCGUGGGGGGGUUGGCUUGGGGUCAACGUGGCUCGCACUGCGUUCCGUUGAGACGGUGUUUCGGUUUGAGUUCAUGCCAGGCGGCCUUACUACGGGGUGAAGACUGUCCUUGCCGGACACUGAGCCUCGAGCAGACGUCGUCCUAAUCGCGGUUUGGUCCAGGCGGUGCCUGAGCGUGCGUGCGUGCGUUCGCGCGCAUUCUCGCUCGUCUGCUCGCCAGAGAAGAUGCUCAUCAAGGAGUACCGCAUCCCGCUGCCCAUGAGUGUGGAGGAGUACCGCAUUGCUCAGCUCUACAUGAUUCAGAAAAAGAGUCGAGAUGAGACGAGCGGCGAGGGCAGCGGAGUGGAGAUCUUGGAAAACCGGCCAUAUGAGGAUGGCCCGGGGGGCAGGGGCCAGUACACGCACAAGCUCUACCACAUCGGCAUGCACAUCCCUGGCUGGUUCCGCGCCAUCCUGCCCAAGGCCGCGCUGCGGGUAGAGGAGCAGUCGUGGAACGCUUACCCCUACACACGCACACGGUACACGUGCCCUUUUGUGGAGAAGUUUUCAAUCGACAUCGAAACGCACUACCAGCAGGACGGCGGAGACCAGCUGAACGUGUUCAACCUUGGCGCUGCAGAGAAGCGCCAGUGCAGCGUCGACACAAUAGACAUCGUGCGGGACCCGAUGGCCCCCCACGAGUAUGUGGUGGACGAGGACCCGCGCGUCUACCGCUCGGAGCGCACAGGCCGCGGGCCUCUCGGGGACGACUGGGCUUCCCUGAAUCCCAGCCCCAUCAUGUGCGCGUACAAGCUGUGCAAGGUGGAGUUUCGCUACUGGGGCAUGCAGUCCAAGAUCGAGCGCUUCAUCCACGACGUGGGCCUGCGAAAGGUGAUGGUGCGGGCUCACCGCCAGGCGUGGUGCUGGCAGGACGAGUGGUACGGCCUCACCAUCGCCGACAUCCGCCGCCUGGAGCGCGAGACGCAGCUGGCGCUGGCCCAGAAGAUGGCGCAGUACAGCGAGGGGGAGGGGGAGAAGCCGAGCACGGGGUCCCCCCCCCCUGAGCGGACCGAGGAGGGGGCCCUGACCCCCCCUGGCGAAUCUGACAAGAGGACCCAGCGAGCGCUCACCAAGCAGUGGUCGUCCUCGUCCCGCUCCUCGCGCUCUUCAAAGCGAGGGGGCAGUCCAUCCAGCCAGAGCCUGUGCGAGUGGAGGAUGCAGAGUAUCGCGCGGGAGUCUGAAGACAGUUCAGAAGAGGAGUUCUUCGAUGCUCAAGAGGACCUGUCGGAUGUAGAGGGGGAAGGGGAGCCAUUCCUUCCUGCCGAGAUCAGCAAAUGGAGCUCAACGGAACUCAUGGACUUGAUGGAGGCCACCGUGCAGCGCGAUCAGGACUCUGGGACGGUUCUAUUUGGAAGCGGCAUGGAGCUGCCCGAGUACAGCACGCAGAGCAGCAUGGAGGGGGCGGAGGAGGAGCCAGAGGACACCGACACCGGCGUGCAGGCGGCCGUGGCGCCGCAAUGCAAGGUGCAUAUGCUGGUGCUGCUGCUUCACGGCGGCACCAUCCUAGACGGCGGCGGCGGGGACCCGUCCUCUAAGCAGGCCGACCUCAACACCUUCUGGGCCGUGUUCGACACGGUGAUGCGUGCGCACUUCCCGGCCGCGCUGGGGCACGUCGCCAUCCGACUGGUGCCCUGCCCGCCGGUGUGCGCCGAGGCCUUCUCCCUCGUGUCCAAGUGCGUGGGCCUGAGCCCGUACAGCUGCGAGGAGGGCGGCCUCUCCUCCAGCCAGGAGCACGUGCCGCUGGCUGCGCUCCCUCUGCUGGCCACGUCGUCCCCCGGGUACCAGGAGGCCGUGGCGGCCGUCAUUGCGCGUGCCAACCAGGCCCACGCCGACUUCCUGCGCUGCCCUGAGGGCAAUGCCUUCAACGGGCGGGUGUGUCUCAUCGGCGACUGUGUUGGCGGGGUCCUGGGGUUUGACGCGCUGUGCACGAGCGCAACGGCCGUCUCGGAGAGCCAGAGCAGCAGCCGCCGAGGCAGCCUCAUGAGCGUGCAGGACACGGAUCUCCUGUCCCCUGGGAUCGUCGUAAACAGCGUGGGAGGGGGGGGCAGUGGGGGGCCCGGGGCACGCCCCGGGGGGGGUGGUGGGGGCCAGGGAGCCGGGCUGGGCCUGGGCUGCAGCCGUCACCUGAGCAAGAGCAACAUCGACAUCCCGCACAGCAGCCUGGACAGCCCAAAACACGCACUGCCCCGCAAGCGCAGCGACUCCUCCACCUACGAGCCGGACACUAUCCGCCAGCACCACGCCUUCCUGUCCAGCCUGCAGGCGAGUGUGCUGCUGCGCGGCAGCGGGAGCGACGCGGUGUCGCGCCGAUCCUCCAGCUCCACCAUGCUGGACGGACACGCGAGCAAACUCGACUUUGACGUUUCUGACUUCUUUACGUUUGGCUCCCCCCUGGGCCUGGUGCUGGCGCUGCGCCGCACCGUGCUGCCAGGCCUCGAUGUGUCUGCGCUGAGGCCGGCGUGCCAGCAGGUGUUCAACCUGUUUCACCCCGCCGAUCCGUCCGCGUGCCGCCUUGAGCCCCUCCUGGAGCGGCGCUUUCACCGUAUUGCCCCGUUUGCCGUGGCGCGCUACCAGCGCUUCCCGCUAGGCGAUGGCAAGACCGCCACACUCGCCGACACGCUGCAGUCGAAUUCAUCUCUCUUCGUGGAGAGCGCGUUCGCCGCUUUCCGCCCCCAGGAGGCAGUGGUCUGCCUCCCCGUGCCUAGCUGGCCCGACCUCGCCUUUGACACAAUCCAGUGCAACGCGCCGGUGUUUGGCGAAGCAGGGGCAGUGGCGUCGCACGGUGGUUCCGGCGGGAGCGGUAGCAUCCGCGUGUGCGCGAGGCGUGGGAGCGAGGUCAGCAUCGCCAGCCAAGUGUCGGGUCUGGCAGACAGCGUCACUGCGUGCAAUAUCGCCAAUGUCACGGCGCGCUGGUGGGGCACCAAGCGCCUUGACUUCGCCCUCUACUGUCCUGACGCGCUCACCGCCUUUCCCACCAUGGCCCUGCCACAUCUGUUCCACGCCAGCUACUGGGAGUCCACAGACGUCGUGGCGUUCAUCCUACGGCAGAUCGUGCGCCAUGAGAGCGGGGGUGUCCUGGAGCAGGAUGGGCGAGAGACGUCAGCCUUCAGUCCGAGUCAACCAAGAGAGAAGUGGCUCCGUCGACGCACGCACGUAAAGCUGCGGAAUGUGACGGCGAAUCACCGAGCGAGCGACGUGCUGGUGGUGGAGGACGGUCCGCAGCUCCUGGCUGGACGGUUCAUGUACGGCCCACUUGAUAUGGUGACGCUCACCGGAGAGAAGGUUGAUGUUCACAUAAUGACUCAGCCGCCCGCUGGCGAGUGGGUGCAUUUUGACACGGAGGUGACGAACAGCAGCGGCCGGAUAAAUUAUUUGAUUCCAGAAUCGAGGCGAUUAGGAAUCGGCAUGUACCCGGUCAAGAUGGUCGUUAGGGGAGACCACACCUUUGCUGACUGCUACCUGACAGUGCUGCCACGUGGCACGGAGUGCGUGGUGUUCAGCAUCGAUGGCUCCUUUGCGGCCAGCGUCUCCAUCAUGGGCAGCGACCCCAAAGUGCGCGCCGGCGCCGUCGACGUUGUCAGGCACUGGCAAGACCUGGGCUACCUCAUAGUUUAUGUGACCGGCCGGCCUGACAUGCAAAAGCAGCGCGUUGUGGCCUGGUUGGCACAGCACAACUUCCCACACGGACUGGUGUCGUUCUGCGAUGGCCUGGUGCACGACCCUCUAAGGCACAAGGCCAACUUCCUGCGAUCGCUCAUGAUGGAGAAGCAUGUGCGUGUGCACGCUGCCUAUGGAUCAACCAAGGACAUUGCCGUGUACAGCGCUCUGAACCUGGCCCCAAACCAGAUCUACAUUGUGGGCCGCCCCACCAAGAAAUACCAGCACCUAUGUCAGUUCCUCGCCGACGGAUAUGCAGCGCACCUGGCACAGCUGGAAUACCACCACCGCUCGCGGCCAGCCAAGAGCAACGCGCGCAUGGUGCUGCGCAAGGGCAGCUUCGGGUUGCCAGGCCAGUGCGACGCCUUUAGAAAGCGUGGUCACCUGCGCCGAGCCGUAUCUGUUCACCAGGCCGCUGGGGUUGGCGGGGUCGCCGGACCCGUGGUGCCGGGAGUGCCGGCAAUCCCGGGGGCUGGGAAGGCGCCACCCGAACGCGCGCUGAGCCAGAGCGAGCCGGAGCGAGAACAGAAGGAGCGCGUGACGGCACGGAGCAUGAGCAUCGUGGCCGCGGGUUGCUGGAGCAAAUCGUCCGGACCUGCAGGGAGCGGCACAGGACCACCGGGGGCGGCCGGAGGGCCCAGGCUGGAGAGCAGCGUUUAAGCAGGGGAAUACAUGGUGAACGGAUGGGCUGGGGAGCCGUGGAGGUAUAUCAGUAGAUCUGUGCUGCUGUGAUGCAGGUAAAUGAGUGCUUUUGUCGCAUGGAUAGGAGCCAAAAUCACAAAGCAUAGAAACCACUUUAUUGUCUUUAAGUUGGGCUGGAAGCACGUUGCACUGGGAACAUUUAAAUUGAACUGUGGUAGUAGAAUGCUACUCACGCAUGGUGUUUUGCAGAACUUGAUGUCUGCAAUGGAUCCGUCGCUCUUACACAGCAGUACAUUCCUCUCUGUGACCGUGACCACUAACGAUGUCAUGUUAGCACGACAAACUCGUGACAUUACAAAUUUAUUUAUGGUUUAUAUACAAUCUUUUUUAAAGCCAGUACAUUGAAGGAUUCAGAAACGUGCGUGGAGAAUGAAGGUUUUUAGACUCAUGGAGCCUCGUUACAUGGACUCAGAAGACACGCGGUACCAUGGAGCCAGCCCAGUGGCACUGUGGGGGCAGAGUGGGGGAAGGAGGGAGUGGUGGGUCACUGUCGCAUGUUGCCGUGAUGAUGAUCUGCUGCCUGGGAGGAGGUGUUGGGGCGGUCUCUCUCGUGAAAUAGUCCCCGGUUAGAAGUCCAGUACUGUUUUCAAUAACUAUAUUCUGAUGUCCAAUGAGAGUAAAAGUGAAUUAGUCAUGCUUCUUGCGCGAGUUCUAUCUCUUGUGUUUGAAUAUUUGAUGACAGCUGAAAGUAUUUACGCGACGCUGCCAGUCCCUCGUGAUGAUGUCGCAAAACUCCGAGUCUUUAAAUAUGGGAGAUGGUUUUGGUGUUGGGAGAAAAACAAUCGAGUUCACUUGGCGUUGCAUCUUCAAGGUCACCCCAAAGGAACAAGUUGGCUUGGUGUGUAUAGUUCGUGUCUGCACUCGGUAGACUCAUUUGGCAGAAUACGUGAAUGUGGACGUGAACUGAUUUUUGGAUAGAACAGAGAUGCAAAACUAUGUGGCUACCGGUGUACGAGACCGCAAAGUUAAUGGUAAACAUCAAGAGUAAUUUCCCAACACCAUAUACUACAGCCUACAUGUUAUACAUACUAUAUAUAUGUGUGUGAGAUUAUAUAUAGUAACCCGUAUAAGCGCGUACGUGUACAGUUUAUGCGCUUCAACCUCUUAACGAACGAUUCUGGGCAGCCCGAUCACCUGGAUCCAAUUUGCAUGGCACCUGCAGGAGCAUACCUCGUAUGGGGUAAUGACGGGUUUGACAUUUUUAAAGUUUUAUAUCAUAUAAUCUCCGUUUUAUAUUAUUAUUGUCACUAAUGUCAUUAUGUUGCAUCAAUACCAUGGUUUGCGUAAAGUAUAAUUGUAUAUACGCGUAGUGUGCACGGUGCAGCGGGGCGAGCGCCAGGGUGCGGCGGCCACUGCCGUCCAGACUCCUGCCCAGGACCCUGCACGCGGUCGCGAGCCAUCGGCGCUCGACGCCGCCCGUGCCGUUGCCGCUCGAUCGGCCCUCUCGGCGUGCGUGAAGGAGGACGUGGCCAGGUCACAGUGUGCACGAGAAUGGGCCCCGGUGUGCACUCAUGUCGUGACUUAAUUUAAAAAUAUCUGCAUCUCUUAAGUUAACUACUGUGUAAUGAGCAUGACCUGCUCCGAGUCAAGGUGAUGUUUCCCAAAAGCUCAUAUUCACGCGUACUCGUUAAAACACAGUCACUACUCGUUUUGGGUUUUUUUUUUAAAUACAGUAAAAUGGAAAUGUUUGGUUGACGCGUAUUCACUUUCUGCACGUUGCCAAAAAAUGUUGCCCAUUACAGCAAAGCAGCCAGUGCAGUUGCUGCACGUAUUGCGUUCACGAAUUGACGACAAUUGUGUCAUUCUCUGUCUGCAAGAGCAUGAGAAAAAAAUAUCCUGCAUUUUUUUGCAAUGAAAAUGCCUCGUCACGUUUGUAGAAUAAAAAUACACGAUUGUGUAAAAACGGUGAUAAAUUGGAGCCUUUAUCUUAACCAGUCAAAUUAUGGUCAAAAUGUGUAAAAUCUAAACUACCAAAAAUGGUCACCAUACAUUUAGGCAGGUCUGGGCAUAUGCAGUGUGUCGUGUGUACACAUGCAACACUACUGGGGUGCACGGUGGAGACGUCCCUUUUUGUGUCAUGUGGCCACACGACUCAUCGCUGAGCGUCUGAACAAAAAUAAUCUCCUGCCAAUGGUGGCAGCUGGCAUUGUAACCGCCGAGUCCGGUUCGAGCCAUGGGACAGAUGGCAAUGCGACAGAAACAGGUGGGGAGCCCAGCCGUGUUCUUCAUGGCAAAAGAUGGAAUUGUUCCAUUCUGCAACUGCCUCGUGUGGAAACCGAUUACCUUGGUGCGUUCUGUUUUCUAGUCCACCCACCCCACUAGUGGUUAUUUAUUAUGCUGCUGUCAUCUUGUGAGUUGUGUGUAAAAUGUCAGGCUUCGUCGUAUUGAAUUUGCCAAAUAACACUCCAUGAGGAAAUGGUGACCAUCAGCGCAGUCUGAUGCCCAACAAUAGCCAUUGGAGAGAUGUUAUUUAGCUCAGGGUGCAAAUACCUUGACGGGAAACGUGUUCUAUCGUCGACCACUUGCUCUUUCAUUGCCGCUGCUUUCUGGAAACGCGUCGCGAUGGUCGUCUUCUGGCUCAUCGUCCUGACAUUCCUCCUCUGUAUGUUAGCAUUCAUUGCGUCAAUGUUUAUGCAGUUUCAGUUGCAAUGGUAAAUAUUGAGGGACAAUACUCUUAAAAGUAUCCCAGUUCCAGCAUGUGUGUGUGGAUGUGUUUGUUAGGGCAGUAUUAUUUCAGGUUCCUCACCAAGGCCGCCGCAGUCGGCUUUCUUCUUGUCAGCAAUGUGCAAUAGUAGCCCGGUUUGGGCGGUACAGACGCAUUCGCCUGUUGGGAUCUUUGUGCCCUCCGGAUGCAUCUGCAAUGAUUACAAAUUGGAUGUUAUUGAAUGGCUCUGCACACCUGACCAUAUUUUAUAUUUGAUUGCUCGUGAUGGUUUGAAAGUUAUUAUAUAUUAAGUGUUUAUUUUUCAUACCCGACAACCCCUCUGAGCAACACGGGCCUGACUGUCCCGUGUAAACCCGUGAAGGUUCAUUGGACACUUUUGCUCUUAUGUAAACUGACGAAAGGGAAUUCCUAUGCUACUGAGUAAAGCUAGUUCUUGUUGUCUCGGCAACUAUAGCAUAAGCAACUGUAUAUCCUGCAGAGGUAUAUUUUAAUAGUUUUGUAUGUUAUGCAUGCCCCAUGUUAAUUUACUGUCAAAUGAUGUUUUAAAAAGUCACGUGUUGAUGAUGAACGUUCACAAUGCUGAGGGUGGUGGAGGCCGGGAGCGGAACAGGUCUGGAUCUGACCUGCGUGGAAGUGACAUCUCGGUGAACUCCACCUGUCGGCAUUGGCGAUUUCCCUGGUUUGUCGAACCGUAGUACUUAAGAGUGCUCAUGCGACGUAGUAACAUUUUGUUUGAUACCCUUAUGCAAGCCAUUAGUGGAGUGCUGAUCGUGCAUGUGCAAGUGCCCUGACGCCAUGGGCAGGUUUACCCACUGGCCAGCACAUGCCGGCAUGUCAACCUUGUUGGGCGGUGUGGCCGCCACACUUGUGUGUGUAAAUAUCGCUUACACUAUUUAAUGCUGCAUUAAAUGUCAUGUGGUCAACGA